CCGAAUUCACGUGUGGUUGUCUGCCCGUCUGAUCCCUCAGAGCGUUGCUAGACACACUACACUGGCCCCCGAGCCUCGCUUGCACCAGCACCAGGAGAUUUCCCUCAAGGUGGCUUUUUUACCGCACUUCAGAAUCAUCCUUUACUUCAGAACCGGAAAAUGGAAUCGGACUUGCAGAUAGGGGGCGGGGCUGGGAUCGACGUGAAAGCAUUGUCUUCUCACGAGCCAACCCUCGAUAUGGACCUCCGUUGCGAUGUUUGCAACAAAUCUUACACUCGGCCUGACCUACGGGAUCGUCACCGGCGACGAUGCAUCACCAAAGCAGGCCAGGAGCGCAAGUCCAAGCGCAAAUCCUGCGAUACCUGUGCAAAGAAGAAGAUCCGCUGUUCUCUCUCCCGUCCGUCGUGCUUGCGAUGCACUCAGCUUCGAAUUCAAUGCCAGUAUCCCCAGUCUCCUUUCCCAGCACCGAGACCUAGUCAGGGGGUGUCAAUAAUGGCGAUGGAUCAACCCCAGCUGGUACAACUGGGUGGGAUGAGUGAUCCAUCUGGUGUUAUGGCAGGCCAUUCUCAAGUCUUCCCAACACCCAUAUUGAACUCUGCCGACUUGCUACCUGCCUCCUUGUGGAACAACUACGACCUCUCGAAUAUUCAGUUCGUGGACCCUGCAUUGACCCAGGACUUCUUGUCUUCGACGAAUGCAACGGGUGUUGCAUCCUUGCCAUCGAAUGAUGCUUUCGCAGCUCUUUCGGAUUUCCAGUCAGCAGAAAGUGAUUUCAUCCGCAACGCGGGCUCUCUAUCUCUACACAGCGGGGCACUAUCAUCUGCCGGUCCAUUGUCCAACGUGCGUUCUAAUUCAGGACAUCUGCCAACCCCUAACCAAGAUGUACCUAGUCAAGAGAAAGAGGCUAGCCCGUCGGGCCUGACCGGGUCAUUGCAUUCACCCCCUUCCUCGGACGUCUCAUGGCGCAACAGUUCUACGGACGAAGACUCAAUGUCGGCGAACCUGACCAAUCGCCUGUACAGCCCAGCCCAUCUUAUCUUUGCCCACUCAUUCACGAUCGGGAUGGGACCGGACAUUCAGACCGACGCAAGCAGCCUGUGUCAAGAUAUGCUGAGCCAUCUUCGAGAGUAUCCUGGUCUCGUGCUAGAUCGGGAUUUCUGGUCCCCGUUCGUGCAUCACCGCUUGUAUCGUUGUUCCCUGGGCGGGAUGGCAGAGCCUAUGGCUAAUGCGCUGGCCUGCGUGGGCGCAUAUGCCAGCUGCGCGGGUUCUAGCUUUGGGUUUGUCAAUCGCAUGAUUAACGAGGAGCGGGACAAGCUGGUACGCAAAUUCCACAGCUACACUAACACCCCUGAGCCGUGUCUGGCUGCGCUGCAUGCCGUCUGCAUCUAUCAGAUCAUGGGUUUGUUUGGGGAUGCAUUUUUACCGGCUUCCCACAAGGCGCGACUAGCCGAUGUAGAAGACGAGGAUCGGCGUCGUGAAGAGUUCGAGAAGGAGGCAGAACUGCACAGUACAUUUGUGCUGAAGAUGACUCGACGCCUGACCGGCCUGCAUGCAAAAGCAUUGCAUGUCCACCACGAAGACGAGAUGGACUGGGACCAGUGGAAAUUCAUGGAGUCCCUCCGACGUAACAUGUUCUUCGUCCACAUCAUUAACAUCUUGGGGUCUAAAGCGCGGCAGCUGAACGAGAACUACUUCGAGCCGCUCGGGGACGACCUGAUCCUCGGGAUUCCGUUGCCGGCCCCUGAACGCAUGUGGCGAGCCUGCAGCGCCGAGGAGUGGUAUAUGGCUCGCGCAGAAACGCUAGGCGUGGAGGCCGAUCCGACUGCCAGACCGAGGACUCUGCAGGAACUGCUGCAGGCUGUGGAUAAGCGCCAAGUCGACGUAUCGGCCCUACUGCCUGUUACACGCAUGCUGCUGGCAUCUGCGACUAUCAUGCCGCCGGAGAGUACUCUCUAAGCCAGGCCCACGGCAGCACCGGGACUGACCGCCUCUCAGGGGCACAACUUCCAACAUUUGGCGUAUUUUUGAGAAUUGCAGCAAUCCGCAAUCUCCACUAAACGGAUGAA